CUCCCCCCCUAGCAACUGGUUACGUCACAGACGCACCGUCCGCCAUUAUUACGUCCGGCACUUUCCGUCGUGUCGUUCCGUGUCGCGCCGCCCCCACCGACCGUUCGGCCGCCUCCAGCCGUGCCGACGUCGCGGCCCCACUGGUGCAGUUCCACUGCAGAGCGGCGGUUCCGCGUUUGCCUUUUUUUUCGUCGUUUUUCUGUCUCUAUCCAUUCGCACGCCAACCCUCCUGGUUACAUUCGCCUGGUGACUGCAGUGUUGCAAACCUACGGUCGGCGACGACCUUUCACCGCGUUCCACAACAAACCGAACGGCUAGCAGGCCAGCCAGACGGCACGUAUAGCGUCCAGCAGACCUGUUUACGGCACCACGUACCCGAAACGACGCUCGCAUCCGACACCGGGACGGGAAAACGGAAAAGUGGGUCAGCCAGUUGGGGAGUUUUUUCCCACCAGAACUCCCCGACCUGUUUCAGUGCCCUGUCAGUUUUGUGUGGUUUUUCGGUGCAGCAGGGCCCCCAGUUUGUUAGCCAGAUAACCCAGCCCAGCAUAUACACAAUACAUAUUGGACCAGGCAUUAAGAACAAUUCUGAAGCAUAAACCCCAGAUAUAAUUUACAUCGAGAAAACUGUGCUAAAGAAGUGAUAAAGAGGACCGAUUGCUAUUUUUGUUUAAUACUAUUUACAUAAACUAAUUGACAGGAUGUGUUAUCUUCAAAGAGGGCUGACCUGUUUCCACCACAACUAGGUGGAGAAACAACCCAGACGAGUGCCGUGCGAGCACCGACCAACAAUCGUGAGCACCGUCGGCAGACCAGCAACGACAAUACACGCGUCGCAGGUUUCACACGCCGCCGCCGCCCGCCUUCGUACCGCUAGCAAGACGGAGGGCGCGGAGAAGCGAGCACAGGGAGGCGCCGGCGGCAGCAGGAGGAUGUCGGCGAACGCUCAGCAACAACAGACGGGCGGCGGCGGCGGUCAGCAGCCGUGCUCGCAACAGUCGUGCAACGGCAACAAGAAGACGCAGCAGCAGGUGGCGCAGACGAAUGGCGGCGGUUCGUCGGGCAGCACGCCCGCCUCCACACCGGCAGGCGUACAGAGCUCGCCGCCGCCCAACAACGCUCCCAAAUACGGUACCCUGGUGCCGAACAGGAUCUUCGUAGGGGGCAUAUCGGCCAACACGACCGAAAGCGAAUUGCUGCAUCUGUUCAGCAGCUACGGGCCCGUUAAGGCGGCCAAGAUCAUCCAGGACCGCGCCGGCGUCUCCAAGGGCUACGGCUUCAUAACGUUCGAGAGUGAGGACGACGCGAAGCGUCCGCUGCGCGAGGCCGACAACAUAGUUCUGCGCGAGCGCAAGCUGAACAUCGCGCCGGCCAUCAAGAAACAAUAUACUUUGCAGCCGUUCAGUCGCGCGUUCGACGCCUCGUCACCGCCGGCGGUGGCGCCUGGCAAUCCGGCGCAGUAUUUCUUCUCGCCGGGCGCCGCCACCGUGCCCUACUUCCAGGGCGGCGUCGCCUACUACCAUCAGCCGGCCGCGGCGGCCCCGGGCGAUCCCGGCGCUCAACAACCCACCGUUUAUCAACACUUUUCAUAUGCAGCACCGCCGGUUUAUCCGACGCAAACAGGCCCACCACAAGCAGCAACAUACCCACCCUCUAUGAUGUUUCCACAGGCUAUCUACAUGCCCCAGCAGUAUCCCAUGCCGAUACCGUACGACUACAGCUACUACCAGGCGAACGGCGGUGCGUCACCGCACCAGUACAUACAGCAGGGCCAACAGCCGCAGCCGCAGCAGCAGGGGCCGCAGUGCGGCGCCCCGCCUGCCGCCAUGACGUCGUCGAAUUCGCCGCCGCGUUGUUACGCAGGCGGUCCGGCGGUGAGCGCGCAACAGUUGCACGCCGGCAUGUACGGACCGUCGCCAGCCGAUCCGUUGUACUACGGCAUGGCGAUGUACGGGGCGGCGGCCGUGGAGGGUGCGCCCAUCUACACGGAAGCGGCCUACGAGAUGGCCGGGCCCGGCGGUCCAAUAUACGGACCUGAGGACGUCUACCCGGACUACGGUCUACGUCCGCCGUCGAAUGGUGGUGAAUUGGCCGGCCCAGAUGGCGCCCAACCACCUACGAACGAUCUCGGCCAUUCGAUGGCACCGCUCGCCCUACCACCGCCACCACCACCUCCACCACAACCACAUCAACCACCGCCACCAUCACAGCUACACAGCAGCACCGCCACGGACGUGAAUAUCGCGCACCUACCCAUCCACGACCGCACCUCGACGCCCCAACCGCCCGUCACCGACGAUGCCACAUCCGUCGUAUCGAAAGACAAUCCGGAAGCGCUGGCGGCUGAAGUCCGCAACACAGCCACGCCGGUCGUGUCGUUGCUUAACAUCGAACAACACCAGGAGAAAGACUUUGCCGCCUUGCAAGGCGGCCGCAAGCCCAGGCCGGCGCCCCAGCAGCCGCCGCCGCUGCCCCACAAUCCCUACCAUCCGGGCAACGGCAUGGUGUACUCCUACCACUCGUUCCCGACGAACGGUUACAUGUACAACAGCGGCUACCAUGACGCGACCGCGAUGCCGGCGCCCUCCCUCACCCACCGUUAUGCCCCCAAGAACAUGUCGAACGGGCUGAGAAAGCGCCGUACCGACUAUAACGGCAGACGUCCGAACAACGACCACUCGAGCCACUCGAGUCUGCGCACUGACUCGAAUUCGAGCGCCAGCGCCGCCGACGAGACUACGAACCGCGGCGACGAGCAACGUUUCCGGACGGGGGUGAAUACACCGCCGCCCACCGCCUACUCACCCAUCACCAAUCAGACAUACGGCAAGCCGUACAAUCAGACGCAGCGCACGUAUUAUCACAACAAUAACAACAACGGUAGCAGGAGCAACGGCCUCAAUUGGAACAAUAACAACUCGAACCGUCCGAACAACAACCAUCAGGGCACGCCGGCCAAAUAUCACACGCACGGCGCCUCCGUCACCUACACGAGGACGACGUCGAACCAGAGCUUUAGGCAGAACGACAGGACGAAGGCUAACGUCAGUAAUCCGCCCGUCAAUGAGAUGGUAGCGACCACAACCAGUUACAUGCCGUUGCCGCGGCGUCCGCGUCGCAGCAUCCGCCGCGGCCAGGGCGAGAUGGGACAGGGAGACGGACCGACGCGCGUGCCAGACGAGGGCGGCGCCCAGGUCGCCAAGAAGAUGGAGAACCUGAAGCUGUGAUUUGUGCGCGUGCGUCGCCCGCCGGCGUCGUCAUCGUCGUUCUGCGAUUUAUCCAUUCACUUUUCCACUUUGGUUCGCCGCAUUAUCCAUCCAGUACAACGUCGCUCGGGGUUCAGAAUUCAGUUCUCUAUAAAAUGACGUGUGACAAGUUGUGUUGUUUUUGUUCGUGGCGUUCUGGUGUGGCCACGACCGAUGUGAGAGAGGAGAAACGACCGGCCGUCGUCGGCGUCGCCGCUGCAAUCUCCCGUUUCUCAGGCCGUCGUUCGACUUAUAGAUUGUAGGUUACUUUCCUCAACCCCCCCCCCCGUAUUUUCCUCCCCUUUAGUUUUAGCAGCAGUAGUGGACGUUGUGAGCGCGGACGCGCCGGACGAUGAUGUUUUAAAAGUGAAUCGCAGACGCACACGCGCCGAAAAAAAAUUGUUAUUUAAUGUGUAAGGAUGUAAAUAGAUCCUGUCUCUUUAACUCUAGCCCUCCUUUUUCCCACCACCCCCCUCACCAACGUUUAUAUAUUAAAAAAGCACACCCAUACGCGGUUCAUUUUUGUUGCGGUUGAGAUUGUGAGUCUCGAGCUGUGGGGUCCACCUGUGAUAAUAUGUAAAUUGCGUCGUUUGUGCCCCUCCCCCACCAACCCUUACGCCCUCGGAAUUUUCAGUUUGUUGUAAGGGCGGCGGCAAAAUAAAUUAUAUGAUGUUGGUUGUCUAGUUUGUAACAGUAGAUUUUUUGUGUCAGUAUGUAAAAUGUGAGAGAUUUGCUCAAAAGCUGCCAUUUUAUCCGACAACAAAGUUGAGACCUCUAACCUCUCCCCACCACCAACGCCACCCUCCACCAUUAUUCUCAACACUAUUGGCUCUAUAAAAUUAAGCUCCUCCCACUCACACACACACACGUGAAUACAUACUACAAACAACAAAAAAAUCAUGCUCACUCUUCUUUGAAUUUAAUUUUUGUAUUGAUUAGUACAAAAACGAGUUAUAAAUAAAAUAAAAAUUGUUAAAGCGUUUUUAUACAUUAGAUUUUUUCGAUUUGUUAGGCUGUGACAAUUUUUUGUAAAACGUGUAUAACAAACGAAAGGUUCGUUUUUUCCUCCCCUCGCCCCUCAAAUUCAGUAGUAACAGCAGGUCACCCGGAUAAAUAAUAAUACUCGGAAUUAGUGGGCCUGCAACCUGAAAAUCAAAAAAAAUUAAAUAUAUAUAUAAUCGUCAGGAUUAACACAUAAAUGAAAAGAGCCUACUUGUUUUUCUAAUUAGAUUAUAUAUAUACAAACAUAUAUAUUAUAUAUAUUUAAAAUAUAUAAAAAAAGUAUAUUAUUUUCCAAAGAAAAAUGUUUAGCUGUUAAGCCAGUAGUUCGUAAGCCAUUUUAGUACGUAAGCAAUUUAGUAAUUUAUUGAUUAGUGAUAAUUAGUUAUUAUUCGAAUUUCCCCCCUUUUUUUCGUCGUCCUUUGGCCAAAUUUCGGUUGGGGCGCCUCCCCCACGAAAACAUUAAAUAUGGAUCUCACACGCACGUAACGAGUGCGAGACGCGCCCCCCAAGCCUCCCUUCCCGUACCCCGUUCAUUGGAUCUACCCCCCAACCCCCCGAAAAGAUAAAAUUUAACAAACAAAAAAAAAAUUGUACCUGCGUAUUGAAAUUUUUGAAAGAUACACACACUUGUAAAUAUUUUGUUAUUUAAUGGAUAAUUGUUAUUGACAUACAAAAUUUUAUAAAGAUGCCCUUGUGUAUAAUUUGUUGUUAUAUUUUUUAGUGUUUUUUCUUUUUGUAUAAAUCGGGCCGGGGCCCGAGGGAGGCGGCGACCGCACGUCGUUUUUUGUGACCUGGGACGCCCCCUUGUUUGCGGCCACCCCGGCCCUAAAACAAAACAAAAUGAUAUGAAAAUUGGCCAACGUAGUAUUUAAGUUCUUUCAUAAACAUAUACAGUAGUUUGUAAGGUGAAAAAACCGAAAUAGCAUAUGUGUAAUUAUUAUAUAUAUAUAUAUAUAUAUAUAUAUAUAUAUAUGUAAAAGAGAUUCUUUGACCUCCAUGGCAAUGUUGGAGUUGUUUUCGUUUAUUGUUGUUGUUUUCUUCGGACGAGUUGUUGAUCGAUUAGUUGUUUUAUUGUCUGGCAAUGUUGCCCAAAAAAUUUACAGGUCCAUCCGUCGUCACCCCCUCAAAACGAUUUGCACAUUGCCAUGGUACGUAAAAAAACAGGUGCUUAAAAAAGGCCUAAAAAACUUGUUGAGAGCAAUAUAAAUUUGUCAAUUUUGUUUGUAAAUAUUGGACGAAAACAAAUAGUGAAAAAAAUAAUGCUCUACAAAGGUUGUGCAUAAACGUAACUCUUAAGGACGUAAUUGUUAAGAUUAUAUACAUACAGAAAUUAUUAAUUGAUAAAUGUAGCGACAGAGAUACCGUAUAAUUAAUUUAAAUUACUACUACCACUACUACUACUAGUGUCCCACGAUUCGAAACAGUAGGUUUCGUGUCACGAUAUACGUGAGGUUAAAGCCAAAAUUUUGUGAUAGUAAAAAACAAGGGAAAAUGUGCGAAAUUUUCCGGCGGAUUUUCGAUAACUCUGCAGCAAAUUUGCUAAUUUUUGUCGGUCCUUAAAUAUAUGAAAUCAUGUAGUUUCCCUAAUGAGCUGGUCAAUUUUUUUCACGAAAGUUUCUCCGUUUAGUCAAUUUUUCCGAUUAGGCUAGAUCGUAAAAACCUGAUGAUGAUUGUGCAGAGUUUAUAGAAAUUAAUCUCAAAUCUACUCGAGUGUGUUCAAACAAAAAAAGGUAAAUUUUUUAGGGGUGUGUACAGUGAAAAAUGCCUUUUCUGAAUCUUAGAUCUUCAGAUGAAUUAUAAGAGAAAUUUAGGACAACGAUACAGGUAUCGUUGUAUUUAUAAUAUUAAAGAUUAUACAUUGUAAAAAUCGCAAUAUUUUAGAGAGGAUUACUUAAAAGCAAACAGUGAGAAAUAUUAAGUAUAAAUAAAUAUAAAUAUGCUAAUUAUAAGAUGCGUAAUUUUAAGGCUAUAUGUACAAAAUCCAGAUAAUAAAUACCGUAAGAUCACA